AUGGCCAUCUUGAGAUCAAGGAAGCAAGGAGGCGCCAAGGCCAUCACCAGCGCCACGUGGCAUGCCUGUGUCACUGGUGGUGACACUGGGAAGGUCCUGAAAGGGUAUGUUCCUAUGAUCCUAGUCGAUGGGGAAGAUGACGAACAGGGCCAGAGGAUCUUGGUUCCAGUGCAUAUGCUAAGAGAGCCGUGUAUGGCAGCAUUGCUAGAGAUGACAGAGCAGCAGUUUGGGCAUGGCCAGCCCGGCGUGCUGAGGAUCCCGUGCAGCGCGAACCAUUUCGAGCACAUUGUCAAUGGGUUGACGUUGAAAGCUAAAUAG